AUAUACAACUCCUUUCCUUCCCAUCCCUUUAUACACUCACUUCCACAACCACGCAUGGCUUCUAAAUUCAUCACCUUUCUCUCCCUAAUCUCCCUCCUCCUCCUCCUCCUCUCCAACAGCCCGUCUGCCUACGCUGCCCGCCCCGUUCCCACCGUUUCAUCCGACGCACCAGCUACCCAAAUCCCAAAUCAGGGAUUGGAAACAGAUCAAAGUGAUAGUGAGAUGAUGGAUGAGAGGUGCCAUGGAGUUGGGGAAGAAGAGUGCUUGAUCAGAAGAACUCUAGCUGCCCACUUAGAUUAUGUGUAUACUCAAAAGCAUAAGCCAUAGUCAAAAUUCAUACUUGCCUAACCAUUGGCUUAUAUAUAAACUUCUAUCCAUUGGCUAUCUAUUGGCUUAUAGGGUUGAAUUAAUAAUAUUCUCUCAACUCUACCAUAA